UGUUUUUUUCUUUUUCAACAAAGCAGGCGACGAAUAAAGAUAGAUGGAAGAAGACAUCUAGUAGAGUAAAAGACUGAUAGAAAACUAUCAUAAUACAACUCAAACUAAAAGGCAAAAACCUUAAUUCAACUUCCAAAGAGCUCGAGAAUCAUGGCUGAGUCGGCUGAGUCGAGCAAGGAUUACUUUGUAACAACAGUCGCCGAGGAUCACAACAUCACAUGCUGGGGUUGUGGAUUGCGCCUCCUCCUUCCAUCUUAUGCACCUGUUUUCAAGUGUGGUUGGUGUGGAGCCAUUACAAAUCAAAAUGUAAAUAAACCCGAAAACAAGUGGCUUUGGGGAAGGCGCAUGCGAGAUCGGUGCUUUGUUAUUAUUCUUCUCACGUUUAUUCUCUUUGUGAUAUGUGGUGGGGUAUGGGCGGUGUAUCCGGUUGUUUUCUCUAUCAGCUAUACGCUUGGGAUUGUUCAUUCCAUCUUAACAGUGAUCUUGGCCGCGGCUACUGUUUCGACAUUCUGUUUAUCAUCAUUCCGAUGUGCCGGCACACCUCCAACUGUAUUUUGGGGUAGCUAUCCAGUCGUUGGGAAAGGUGAUCUCGACAACUAUACCUUCUGCCACCAUUGUUCAAAGCCGAAAUCACCAAGAGCACAUCACUGCAAUUCAUGUAGAACAUGCGUUUUGGAUAUGGAUCAUCACUGUCCUUUCAUAGGGAACUGUGUUGGAGCAUCAAAUCAUCGGCACUUCAUCGCCUUCCUCUUUGCAGCCAUUUUCAGUACUGUCUACGUUUCGAUCAUGUCCACAUAUGCAGGGUUACACAUCUGGCCUCCCGUAAAAUACAGAUCCAUCGGGCACUUGAACGGUUUCAGUAGCCAUAUAGCAACAACUAAAGCAUUCAAGGAAGUUAUUAUCGCUUUCGCGAGCUCGUCGGUUCAACUGUCGGCCAGGGGGCUCGUUCUCGUUUAUCUGUUUAUUUCGAGCGUUUCACUGCAGAUCGGUUUGGGCGUUCUUUUGUGGCAGCAGCUGAGUUAUAUAUAUGAAGGCAAAACUUACGUCGGCCAUUUGAGUUCACAGGCAAGUGGAGGUGGUGAUCACAUUGAAGAAAAAGAUUGCCAAAAUAUUCUCAGGUUCUUUGGCUGCCCAUAUUCUAUUUCCAGAUAUUUUCCCGGCCUUCGAAAUUCACCUAAGAGACACACCAAGUGAUUUUUCUUUAGUACAAAAAAAAAAAAAGAUUGAAGCUAGUGA